AUGCCAGACGUCACCGCGAACGGCGACCCGGGGGAGCGACCGCGGAAGCGCGCCCGAAAGUCGCGCGGCACGGGGCUCCGGACCACCACCGGAUGUUUAACGUGUCGGAAGAGGCAUAAGAAAUGCGACGAGAAGCGCCCAGUGUGCGGUCCCUGCUCCAUCUCGGAUCGCCAGUGCGCUUUUCCCGAGAACGGCUCCGCAACCGUCUCGGCCUCGGUGACGUCGGCGCAGUCCACGCCGGUACGAGGACAGCCGACAGUCGUCGGCGGCAACCAUCGGCAACCGGAAUCUGCCCAGGAACGGCAACCAGAGACUUCGUCGUUGAGCCCUGCUCCUGCACGGCAACCUGAUGUAUCGAACGACUACGGCAGCCACGUCGGCCAAGCGCUGCCAGCUGCCGGCGAGGAGCAGCUGGCCUCGGCGCAGGGCGACGGUGGCUUCAUCUGCUCGCCGCAGUCCAUCUCCUCCGAGUCGUGGUCUGCCAACUUUGCCUCCAUCCGAUGGCUGGACCUGCUGGCCAGCGACGCCGUGCAGGCCGACAACGGCUACCCGGCGCUGGCCAACGGGCUGCUGCUCGCCGCCGACGGACAAGCGCCAGCGCCGCGGCUCCCGCAUCAGGCGACGCCUAUCCUGGUGCACGUCUCCCCCGCGCUGCUCAACGGCCAGGCGCAGCUGCCGGACGACCUGGACCCGGAGCUCGAGCGCACCGCGUGGCAGUCCGGCGGCGACGUGGAGCUCUCCGCGCACGAGGCCACGCUCUUCCGGCACUUUGCCGACCGCUGCGCCUCGUGGCUGGACGUCUUCGACCCGCGGCGGCUCUUCUCCAGCUACGCGAUCCGGCUCGCGAUCCGGAACGCGGGGCUGAUGAAGGCGAUCCUGGCGCUGUCCUCGAAGCACCGGCACGGCAGCGACGGCGCCGAGCACGAGGAAGGGGAAUGGAUCCGGUACUACUACGAGACGCUGCAGUACGUGCGCGAGGCGCUCCGGUACCCGAGCUACUCGCACUCGGAGGAGCUGCUGGCGACGGCGCUGACCAUCUCGGCGUACGAGAUGCUCGACGAGGCCGACGGCAGCGGCAACUGGCAGCGCCACCUCAAGGGCAUCUUCUGGAUCCAGCGCAGCCAGGACGUCGACGGCGGCUGCGGCGGCCUGCGCCAGGCCGUCUGGUGGGCCUGGCUGCGGCAGGACGUCUGGGCCGCCUUCCGCGAGUCCCGCGCCUGCCUGAGCUUCUGGGCGCCGCGUCGGGCGAUUGGCGAGCUGGAUCAAGAUGAGCUGGCGGACCGGGCGAUCUACAUCCUCUCGCAGGCCAUCAACUACCGCGCCGCCGCGCUGCAGCAGGCGGGAGGAGCGGGGGGGGGGAAGCUGGCGAAGCAGCGGGAGAGGUUGGCCGGCAUGAUGGAGCAGUGGCGGGCGUGCAUCGGCGACGAGUACAAGGUUCUGCCCACGCCGAGGGAUGAACCCGGCGCCGGCGCCGAGGCGGAGGUGUUCACGCCGCUGUGGAUCCACCCGCCGCAGUUCGGCACCGCACUGCAGGCUUUCAGCUUCGCGCAGAUCCUGCUGACCCUGCACGGAGGCGAGGCGGGUGGGUUCCGCGGGUACUUGAAGAUGCAGCGGACGCUAUCAGAGGCGGUCAACACCAUUUGCGGGAUCGCGAUGCGGCUGACGGAGGAGGGCUGCCAGGUGCUGUCGGCUCAGUGCCUGUACGGCGCGGGGCUGUGCGUGACGGAGGCGGCCCGGAGGGAGAGGAUCGUGAGGUUGAUGGAGGAUUGUGAGGCGCGCGUGGGAUGGCCGCCGAUGGCGAGGUGGAGGGAGGAUUUGAGGAGGGACUGGGAGAGGGCGGACGCGGAUGAUUACGGUGGGCGUGGUGAUGAUGGGCGGUGA